UCAGGGAUAGACUUCAAGAUUAAAACUGUUGAACUACAAGGAAAGAAGAUCAAGCUCCAGAUAUGGGACACGGCGGGCCAGGAGCGCUUUCACACCAUCACCACCUCCUACUACCGGGGUGCCAUGGGCAUCAUGCUCGUGUACGACAUCACCAACGCCAAGAGCUUUGAAAACAUCAGCAAGUGGCUCCGGAACAUCGACGAGCACGCCAACGAGGACGUGGAGAGGAUGCUGUUAGGAAACAAGUGCGACAUGGAAGAUAAAAGAGUUGUCCCUAGAGCAAAAGGAGAACAGAUUGCUAGGGAGCAUGGUAUUAGGUUUUUCGAAACUAGUGCAAAAGCAAAUAUAAACAUUGAGAAGGCAUUCCUCACAUUAGCAGAAGACAUUCUUCGAAAGACCCCUGUAAAAGAGCCCAACAGCGAAAAUGUAGAUAUCAGCAGUGCCGCCGUCGGUCACUAG